UUAACUCUCGACGGCGAAAACCAUGCUCUAACGCCCUUUAAUAACUAAAAUAGACCGGGUGUUCCAUUUAAAAGCUGACACGAAGUUUUACAUAUAUUCAUGCGGGUGUUGAAGUUUUCUUAAUGUUCCUAUUAAAAUGGUAACAGAAGGACAAACUAGCCUUCCCCAAGAGCUGCAGCGACGCGCACUUGGUUUGGUAGUAUUGGAGAGUGCUCUUAUGAUGCUCAUUAACGUUCUGGCCUUCAUUGGUAACGUGCUCGUCUGCUGGGCAGUGUAUCACAACAAAAGACUUCGCGUCAUACCGAACAUCUAUGUCGUUACCCUGGCCAUAUCCGAUGCUCUCAUGGCAGCCUUUUGUAUGCCCCUGUCUGUGGUUCUUCUCAUAACAGGACAGUGGCCAUUCAGCAGUGCUGUUUGUCAUUUCCAAGGAUUUUUUUGUUUCUUCUGUGCGCUAUACUCUUUGCUGCUCAUGACUGCAACGGCUGUGAACAGAUAUUUCCGCGUGGUGAAACCCAAUCUUUAUCGCCAGUGUUUUAAAGUAAAAUCCACUUGCAUUUCUGUGAUUAUCAUAACACUUUUCGCUGCUUUUGGUGCAGGGCUUUCAUGGAUGGCUCAAUGGGCCACAUUUAGCGUGCAAUACGGUAAAGUUAUCUGUUUUAUGGACUUUGAGACGCCGCACGUAGACAUGGCUUACAUGGCCUAUUUGGAUGUAUUUUAUAUCUCUGUUCCUAUUGGAAUAAUCACUGUUGCAUAUUAUAAGAUUUUUACAACCAUUCAACAACACAACCAAGAGAUGAAUAUCACUAGGAAAGAGGCGAAUUUUCGAUUGAAUGUGGAAGAAGUGAAAAUAACAAAAGCACUAUUUGCAGCUGUACUGGGGUUUAUCCUCUGUUGGGGACCUAUAGCUAUUAUUGACCUGGCUGGUUCCUUCUCAGCCCAUAAGCUCGUUAUACCACGCGAGGUUUUCACGUUCUACAUAUAUCUUGGCUUUGGAAGUUGCACUAUUAAUCCCGUUAUAUACGGCGUCAUGAAUCGAGCGUUCAGAGCAGAAUUCUUGCGCGUUUUCACUUUCUGUAGAAGAAAGAAUGAAAUAGAUCCACACGGCAGAGCCUUAAAUAUUCGUAACUAGUCUGCUUUGCUACAUUUGUGUUGCAAAAUGACAUGUAGAAGAAACAUCGAGAAAUUGAAUGUCAAAAACAUCUUUACGAAAUAGGAAGCAGUGUUAACAGUGCGAUCGAAUUCCGUUUAAGUAAACAAAAUUCAUAUUUACAUAAAGCAUAAAGAGGGUUAAUAAACCCCGUGCGUUUA